AUGACAGGCCAGUGGGUCCAAAAGAUAUUGGACAUCACUACCCCCGAGAUCUAUCUACCUAAAGGCUUAGUUGAUAUUCCCGAGGAGGAUGUUCUAGCUGAUCCUACUGAAGUGGCAUUGCUGCUUCAAGCGACGCUCACUCGAACAGAGUCCCCGCCGGAGAAUAAGCAACCAAAAAGAAGAUGCUCCUCUACGGUUGCAGUGGCUAGCUCCGAAUUAUCUCUAGUAGUUGCAGUGGCUAGCCCUCCUCCCGGGCUGAAUGCUCAACCUGUUGAUUUGGCUACAUCAUCCGAGGACGAUGUCUCGGCGGUCUGGGUGGAAUAUGAUAUGAUGAAAAAUGCCUACUCUCGCUUCCGUAUCUUAGUCGCCACACCUGGUAUUUUGGGGUUGAGUACCGGAUCCUUUCUGUCCUUGGCUGAUGAGCAACUAACAACUAGCAUUGUGUUUGUUGCAGCUACUUCACACUCUUCAACUCCAUCAGCUUCAUCUUCAUCUUCAUCUUCACCGUCAUCGGCAACUACUACAUCAUUUCCACCUUCAUCCGUUCUUCCACCAGCAACUGCUACAACAUCUCCACCUGUCACACCUGACCACAAAGAAGGUGUUCCUCUUCCCUAG